AGUGACCACGCCCACUCAAUAUCAGUCGAGAGCAGCCCGUCCCUCACGGCCAGACGGCGCGGUCUACCGGCUGCUCGAGGACUUCCAGAGGGAGGCUGCAGCAUGAAUGCCAAUCCCGACCCCGUGGUCAUCGUCUCGGCAGCACGGACCGCCAUCGGAUCCUUCAAUGGUGCCCUGUCCACCGUGCCCGCCCACGACCUGGGCGCCGCCGUCAUCAAGGACGUCCUCAGGAGGGCCUCUGUGCAACCCCACGAGGUGUCCGAGGUCAUCCUAGGACACGUGCUGGCAGCAGGUUGUGGGCAGAAUCCCGCUCGCCAGGCCAGCGUGGCUGCGGGCAUCCCCUACGCCGUGCCCUCCUGGGCCUGCCAGAUGGUGUGCGGCUCGGGCCUGAAAGCCGUGUGCCUUGCCGCGCAGGCCGUGGCGCUGGGUGACUCCAGCAUCGUGGUGGCCGGCGGCAUGGAGAGCAUGAGCAAGGCUCCUCACCUGGUUCACUUGAGGACGGGCGUCCGGAUGGGGGAGACGCCCCUGACCGACAGCAUCCUGCGGGACGGACUCACCGACGCCUUUCACAACUACCACAUGGGCAUCACGGCGGAAAAUGUCGCCAAGCAGUGGCAGGUCAGCCGACAAGAGCAGGACCAGCUCGCCGUCCUGUCCCAGAACAGGGCCGAGAGCUCGCAGCGGGCCGGCCACUUUGACAAGGAGAUCGUGCCCGUCUCUGUGCCAUCCAGGAAAGGUCCUGUUGAAGUUAAAACAGAUGAGCAUCCUCGACACGGAAGCAGCCUAGAGGCCAUGUGUCAGCUGAAGCCGUACUUCCUCACGGAUGGCACAGGGACAGUGACACCGGCGAAUGCUUCAGGACUGAAUGAUGGUGCUGCAGCUGUGGUUCUUAUGAGGAAGUCAGAGGCUGUUAACCGUGGGCUGAAACCUUUAGCCCAGCUCGUGUCUUGGUCCCAAGUAGGUGUGGAGCCUUCCGUCAUGGGCACAGGACCCAUUCCAGCCAUCAGGCAAGCUGUGGCAAAAGCAGGUUGGGCCCUGGAAGACGUGGACGCAUUUGAAAUUAACGAAGCCUUUGCAGUCCUGUCUGUCGCCAUAAUGAAAGAGCUCGGAUUAGACCCAGAAAAGGUCAACUCACAAGGAGGUGCCAUAGCACUGGGGCACCCCCUGGGAGCGUCGGGCUGCCGAAUCCUGGUCACCUUGCUGCACACCCUGGAGCGGACGGGCGGCAACCGCGGGGUGGCUGCCCUGUGCAUCGGGGGCGGGAUGGGGAUAGCACUGUGUGUGCAGAGGGGGUGAGCUUAACCGCCGCUGAAA